CGAUUUGCCCCCGUUUAUUGCAGCGCUAUAAGAGAGGCCUGUGAAUGAACGAAAGUCGUGAUGGGGGCUUAGGUAUGACGCUGUUCAAGGUCACAAUUUAUUUUAUAUCGCUGUCGCUGCAGUUAACGCAAUGGUAGGCACCUGCUGAGAGAAGGACUUGACCUGGCUUUGUAAGUGUAGAGGGACGACUGGUCACACCAAAAGGAGAGGGCCCCGGGAAGAGCGCGCAACACCUAAAGUCGUCGGGUAUCAAAGCACAGGGGCUCAUGUGCGAACACCGAUCCGAGUCAUUACUACUGAAGCAAUUCUCUGCCAGCUGCUUCUAGACGUAUAAAUAACGUUGCAUAAUUCACUCGUUGGCCAGAGGUUAAAAAACAUCCAGGCUCCACGACGAAAUGCCGAAGAUUGCCGAGGAGCAGUCCCGAUCGGGCGAGUCUGGACAGGUGUCACCAGCUGAUAAGGUUACCGGAACAAUGGAGAUGAGGCGUUACUUCCUUGAGAGCAAGCAAGUCUUCACGUGGGACCAGACGACCGUGGACACAAUCACAACACGUGACUUUACAGCAGACGAUGGGUCCCGAAAACGUGAAGAGAGUCACGUGAUUGAAAAGAACACUCUUUUCACGCGUGAUUAUUCGUUUAAAUUCGGAGGAAUUGAACUUCUUGCUCAUUUCGAAAAAGAUAAAUCUAAAUAUAUAGAUAACUUUGGACAGGAUCGUGAGGAAGAUGAACACGUGGUAGUGCCAAGUGCCACACCCACUCUACAGCUGGGUGACGACGAGGAAGAACAGGCAACGCUGCAGGAACAACAGAUGUUAAAACCUCCUGAACCAGAACCACCACAGAAACCCACUCCGCAGGAAGUGGAUCAGAUAGACAAUACUAUAAUCGUGGAUGCUACAUAUCCAAAAACAGAACUCGACUUAACUCACCCGCCGGGUGUUUCUCUUACUGACAAAGUCUUACAGAAACCACCGACACCAAUCUCUAACGGAGAAAUUCUACCUGUAGAUAUACAGUCAAACAAGCAGGACGAUGGGACGCCUGAUGAAGAUACGAAACCCGAGGUCGGUAAACAAGAUGCACAGCCGAUAGAUGGCAGCACAAGUACAGAUCAGUCUACGUCCGAGGUAUUUAUCACACCCCAGGGAACUCCCACAGAAAUCCUGUCGCCCGACGAAGAGCAGGUAGGGCUAAAAUUGGAGGAAAAGCGCCUCAUCAGACCGCCAAGUCAGUCAUCAGAUGACAAACCGGAACGCCCUGACGAACCGUCAGCAUUUGGUCAAAACAAACCAGAGAGCCCGAAAAGAAAUGGCGUUUCAGUACAAGAUGUAGUAUUUCAGACUGAUUUGGAAACAGCAACCACGGAGGAAACUCGAAAAGCACCAGGUGGAGCACAAGAGCCGAAAGAAGAGCAAGUGAGUCCAGUGGGACCUCAGGCUUUAAUUGCUUUGGAUGAGCCUCGAGAUAUUCAAACCGCAAUCAUGCCGUCAGAAACUUUACAAAAACCAGAAGAUCGCAAUUUAGAUGAUCGUGAGCCUGAACCUAAAGAUAAAAAGUUUAUGUUAAAAGACAUGGUUGAAUCGGCAUUUGAUACAAUUGAGAUUGAGGAAACGAGGACGCCGCCCAAGCCAGGAGAAUCGCACGGACAAGAACCCAGGGAAGAUUUAAUUAGUCCGGAUAAAUCUACAGAAACUAUGGAUUUAGAUACGCUCGUCCCACAGACUGCGACACUUUCAGUCGAAACGUUAGAAAAACCUGUGACGGAGGAAGUCAAGACACCUGAAGAGGAACCAAAAGAUAUAAUUAAUUCAGAUGUUGAUAUAGACAAAAUUGUGAAAAAGGAAAUUCCACCAAAAACAGAUACCAUAUACGAACAAGAGCCCAUGGAAGAGCUUGCGGGACCAGACGAACCGAAGCAGACAAUAGUUUUAAAAGAUGAUGAAAUCGUAGAAAGUGCAACUGUUCCCGAAAAAGUAUUGCAAAGCCCAGUUGUACAGAUAUCGGAAGAGAAUCCUCCUACACAAAAAAUUCCAGUCGAAACGUUAGAGAAACCAGUGGCCGAGGAAAUGGAUAAGACUCCAGAAGAAGAAGAUCCUAAACCGAAAGACAUAAUUGAGUUAGAUGUUAAAGCUAACGGAACUGACGAAAAGCAAAUUCCAUCAAAGACUGAUGCCAUAUAUGAACAAGAGCCCAUAGAAGAGCUUGCGGGACCAGACCAACCGAAGCAGACUAUGAUUUUAAAAGAUGAUGAAAUCGUAGAAAGUGCAACUGUUCCAGAAAAGGUAUUGCAAAGCCCAGUUGUACAGACAUCAGAGGAGAGUCUUCCUACACAAACUGCACCUGCCGAGGAAGAUGAGGUAAAGCCAUUAGAUGAAAGGGCAAUAGAGGGCACACCUUUAUCAUCCCAAGAACCAUCAGAAGACGUGGUAUUUUCGCCAGACACAGUUACUGUUCCAUUAGAUGAUGAAGUCAAUAUUCCAGAAGCUACCACUACAGCUAAGCUAGACGAGGAAUUGCUUGAACCUCCACCUUUGCCAAAAAAGACACGUAAAUCGCAAGAGCUAGACGAGCGCAUAGUGACUGUUAUGGAGGACAAACCAGUUUUAGACUUGGAUACCAAUCAAAAUGAAACAAUGGCGAUACCUGGACAAGUCCUGCAAGCUCCGCCGCCGCCAUCACAAGAACCGGAAGUGGGUGAGAUAAAAAGACCGGAAGUUGACGCUACGGUGGAUGUGGAAAGUAGUCAUCCACAAACUACCAGUAUGAGUGUUUCAGAGGAAACUUUAGAAGGUCCUUCUGUAACGGCAUUGACAAAACGUAAAGAAACAACAGUGACGGUUACAGAAACUACGUUAGUCGAACAGGAAGAAGAUAUAACUCCAUCAGAACUUAGAAAAAUGGUAGAAUCUGCUUUUGAUAUAGUUGACGAAUCUGAGGCUCAGGAAAACGUUACCGAUGUACCAUUAGAAGUCGAAGACCUCCCAACUCAGGAGAUUCCUGAAGACGUGUCAAAUGUCCGUAGUCAAGAAACCAUCCAACGCUACGUGGAACCAACACACGUGGACGAACAGCACGUUCAGCCAGCCAAUGACAUUACUCCAACAACAGAAGACGAAAAGCAGAUACAAGCGCAAGAAGCUAUGGUAGCAGCAACGGAAGUCCAAGUAAUACAACAAGACGUGUCUCUAACUGGAGAAGAGGAGGAACCAUCUCAACACGAAUCUCUGCUUCGUGAAAUGGUGUUAGCUGCCAUGGAAAUAAAAGACGGGGAGCCUGUACCAGAUACUGCAGAAGAGGAGGAGGAAAACGAAGAGCCAUUGGAUGUUUACCACACUCAGGAUACUGCUGUUCCAAGCAAAUUCGUCUUUCUGCCGGAGACUCUGUUCAAAUUUAUUCCUUGGACGACGUUUCGAGUGCGAUCAGAGAGCGAGGUUUACGUCGCUUUGACCAAAACCCUUGAAGACGUCGAGAACGACGCUCAUGUUAUAACCCUUGGGGCCCUAGACAACACCCUUACCACGAUCCAGGAUGGGUCAAAAGGGCCCGUGGUAAAUGCUUGCAAAACGGACAAUAUUCUGUCUGAGAAAUAUUUCAGGAGUUUUUGGAUCAGCUGGGAUAAUCAUAAACUACAAAUAGGAAAAGGGAGACGAAGAGGAUACAGAACCAUCAUGGAAUAUGAUAUACCAGAAAACAGAAGGUUUCCAAUAAAAUACGUCGCCGUUGGCACUGGUGAAAAACCGUCUGAAUGGGAAUUUUUCCUCACACCAGAACUGAAAGCAAUGAUCCAAGACACAAUUGGCGUUGAAAGGCUAGACUCCUUUGAAGAGCAAAUUCCAGGAGAAGAAAAGAUGGCGCCCCCACAAGAGGAACUCACCACAGAACCUCUACCUGGCCGCCAGAUGGGGCUAGUGGAACAGAGCAUUACUGAAGGAGCAGACGAUGAAACCUUGGGAUUAGUGGAACCUAGAAUAGCCAAUUUCCGUACCCUGACCGUUUUCCACGUUGGAGAGUAUCGCUUCAUCGACGGCUAUCCUCUAGAUGACUGCCAAUGGGUAGUGUUCGGUCUUCAGGCAGCGUCUGAUGUGAGGGUGAUUUUAACCUCGGAGUAUGACGAACUUUCCCAAAGAUGCUACGAAGUAAUAAUCGGUGGAGAUAACAAUAGUAAGACAGAAAUCAUGGCCUCCGGAGAGAAGCAGGAUGAAUGGAAGACUCAAAGCAUUCUUUCAAAGGAUAUGUACAAGACAUUCUGCCUCAGUUGGAACGAAGAUAAAAUCGAGCUUGCAGAAGGUGUGGAGGGUAAAUACCGCAGUGUGUUGGAGUGGAACAUCCCAGGGGGAAAGAAACACACCAUCAAAUACCUAGCCAUCUGUGGUACAGGGGUAUGGAAGAUACCGGAAUAUACAUCAAAGCCCCCGAAAGAUUUUCAAAAGAGGGCGACGUACUUGGUCAGCAAAGCUCUGGAACUAGAGCCCCAGGAGCCUUCUUAUACAGAGGUCACAGAGCAGCGGGUACGGUUAGGGGUACUUCUGGCACAACAGGAAGAAUUGGAAACAGUCACCCCUAUGAAACUGGAACCUAAAAUAGAAAAUCUCCAAUCGUUCACCAUUAGCCAAGAGACAGACAUUCGCUUUAUUGAUACACAUCCCGUGCAUCAGCAGCGUUGGUUUGUUUUUGGAGUUCGCGCCGCUAACGAUGUCCGAGUUUAUUUAUCGUCGGCGGCAGGAGAAACGAAAGAGAAUUGUUACACGGUGCAACUGGGAUGUGAGGGGAACACUAAGACGCAGGUUGUGGUGUCGGGGGUGUCACAAAUAGAAGUCCCGACUCAUGGGAUUCUCUCUGACGUGGUCUUCAAGACUUUCUGGGUUAAAUGGGACGACGAUAAACUAGAGGUUGGAGAAGGUGACAGAGAUGACCAGCGUUCAAUAUUAGAGUGGACAAUUCCUGAUGACAAACGAUUUCCCGUCAACGCCAUCGCUUUAUCAAUCGGCGCUACACCGGCAGAAUUCAGAGUUCCAGAGUUUAAUGCUGUUUCCGAACUUCCCAAGGCCACUCAGUUACUGUAUAUGGUCCUAGAAAUGGAGCCAGAGAAAACUGCGGAGGAGGCCAUAGUAAAAAUGACAGAACCGGAACUUGAGACUGUACAGCAGCAAGAAGAGCAGACGCCUUUCGAAGAGCUAGUGGCAUUGGAGCCUAAAAUUGACCACUUCAGUUGUCUCACAAUAUUCCAAGUCGAUGCUACCCGUGUCCUUGAGGGAUACCCGUUACCAGGUCAGCGGUGGUUUGUAUUCGGUCUCCGGGGUUCAUCUGAUGCCCGCGUGGCUCUGCUCAACGUAGAGGAAAACGUUGCUCGUAAGAGCUAUGAAGUGGUUUUAGGGAGUGAGGGGAACACGAAGACUGAAGUGAAAGAACAUGGGGUAACUCAGAUGGUUAUUCCUACUGAAAACAUCCUGUCAAAAGAUGUCUUCAAGACAUUCUGGAUUAACUGGGAGGACGAUAAACUCACUCUUGGAGAGAAUGAUGAAGGUAAACAGAAAACAAAACUGGAGUGGGAAAUCCCGAAGGAAAAAAGACACCCAGUGAAUGCGGUAGCAGUUUGUUGUGGGGAUGAAAAGGGCGCUACAUGGAUGGUACCAAAUUUUGAAGUCACCACGCUGCCGAAUGAUGUCAAUAAAGUUUCCCACGUCACCUACAUGACCCUGCAGGCAGGGUGUGCUGACACACCAAUUGUUGACGUCACAGACAGGAACAUCUUUCAAGACCUCCAAUUCGUGGAAGAACAAAAGGAAUUGGAGCCUACUGCUGAGGAAAUUUCUGGGGAGCCCAAAAUAGAAAACUUCCGAUGCCUUACCGUAUUCCAAGUGGAUGACUAUCGCUUCUUGGACGGGUGGCCUCUACCAGAGCAACAGUGGGUAGUCUUCGGGCUGAAGUCAGCCAAGGACGCCAGGGUCGUUCUGGCUACAGUGGAGGGUUCCCAGGCACGUAAGAGCUACGAAAUCGUCAUUGGAGGCAAUGAAAACUCUACCACAGAAAUAAUGGCAGAGGGACAAAUUCAGAAGACGACACCCACAGAGAGCAUUUUAUCCAAAGAUAUAUUCAAGACAUUCUGGAUCAGCUGGUGCAAUGAUAAAAUAACCCUGGGAGAAUCUGAAAAAGACGUACAUCGCACUAUGCUGGAGUGGGAUAUUCCAGAAGACAAACGCCAUGAUAUCGACGCCAUUGCUGUCUCCUCCAGAUGCGAGAGUGGAGCAGUGUGGAUGCUUCCAGAAUUCCAAGUGAUGAAACAACCUGUUGAUAUCACCAAGCAGUCCUGUCUUACCUACCAGAGCCUGCAGCUUGAACCCAGUGAAAUGCCCCCUGUGGUAGAUGUCACUGACAAAGUUGUCCACAAGGACAUACAGCUGGUUGUGGAACAGAAAGAAGAAAUGCCAGAGGAGGAAGCGGCUCCUUUAGAGCCUCAAAUAGAAAAGUUCCGUUGUCUCACCGUCCUUCACGUUGAUGACUAUCGCUUCCUGGACGAAUGGCCACUCCCAGAGCAGCAAUGGAUAGUCUUCGGGCUGAAGUCAGCCAAGGACGCCAGGGUCGUUCUGGCUACAGUGGAGGGUAGCCAGGCACGUAAGAGCUACGAAGUCGUCAUUGGAGGCAAUGAGAACUCGACCACAGAAAUAAUGGUGGAUGGAGAAACCCAGCAGACGAUACCAACAAAGAGCAUUUUAUCGAAAGAUAUAUUCAAGACAUUCUGGAUCAGCUGGUGCAAUGAUAAAAUCACCCUAGGAGAAUCUGACAAAGACGCACAGCGCACUGUGCUGGAGUGGGAUAUUCCAGACGACAAACGCCAUGAUAUAGACGCCAUUGCUGUCUCAUCAAGAUGUGAGAGCGGAGCAGUGUGGAUGCUUCCAGAAUUCCAAGUGAUGAAACAACCUUUUGAUAUCAACAAGCAGUCGUGUCUAACCUACCAGAGCCUGCAGCUUGAACCCAGUGAAAUGCCCCCUAUGGUAGAUGUCACUGACAAAGUUGUCCACAAGGACAUACAGCUGGUUGUGGAAAAGAAAGAAACAGUACCAGCCGAGCAAACCAUACCCGUGGAACCAAAAAUAGAAAAAUUCCGUUGCCUCACCGUGUUAACAGUCGACGACUACCGGUUCCUCGAGCUUCCUUUACAACAGUGGCUCGUCUUCGGGCUCAAGGCAGCCCAGGACGCCCGCGUUUGCCUUGGGACCGAAGAGGGAAAUAAGGCACUGAUGAAUUAUGAGAUAGUCAUUGGAGGGAACAACAACACCACCACAGAAAUAAGAGAAUCGGGAAAAGUUCGGAAGAGCGAAAAGACCGAGAGCAUAUUAUCGAAGGACAUAUUUAAGACGUUCUGGAUCAGUUGGAAUGAUGACAGAAUCACAGUCGGUGCAAACGAAGAGGACAAGCAGCAAACUGUUCUGGAGUGGGACAUCCCAGAAAAGAAGAGGCGACACAUCAGUGCUGUAGCGGUGGCUGCUGGAGAUAAACAUGGCGCCGUAUGGAUGGUACCAGAAUUUGAGGAAACUACCGAACCGGUGGACAUCAAGAAACAAUCGUGCAUGACGUUCCAGUCUCUCCACCUUGAACAUGACGCACCUCCUAUUGUUGAUGUCACCAACAUAGCGGUACACAAGGACAUCCAGUUAGUGACGGAUUAUACUGUAGAGGAACCCGAGGAUGAGGAAGAGAGUGAGGUGGCUGUAGAGCCAAAAAUAGAUCUAUUCCGUUGUCUAACAAUAUUCCAAGUAGACGACUAUCGGUUCUUGGAAGGAUGGCCAUUACCAGAACACCAAUGGGUAGUUUUUGGUCUGAAAUCUUCCAAAGACGCAAGAAUCGUGUUGGCCACCGUAGAAGAGAACCAGGCACACAAGAGCUACGAAAUCAUUAUUGGAGGAGAUGAAAAUACGACAUCAGAAAUCAAAGAGUCAGAAGAAAGACAAAUUAUUCGACCUACCAAGAGCAUUCUCAACAAGGAUGUUUUCAAGACGUUUUGGAUAAGUUGGAGUGACGAUAAAUUGAUACUUGGUGAAGGUGACCAAGACACCCAGAGAGUAGUCCUGGAAUGGGAUAUCCCAGCGGACAAGCGACACAGAGUUGACGCCAUUGCUGUUUCAAGUGGUGAUGAGAACGGCGCAGUGUGGAUGAUUCCUGAAUUUCAGUCUGCUGUACCACUAUGUGACGUAAAGAGGUGUUCCUGUUUGACCUACAUGUCUCUAACACUGGAGACUGAAAAACCGACAAUCUUUGACGUCACCGAUAAAGUAGUACAUGUUGACAUACAGCUGAUUUCAAAGAAAAAACCUGAACCACUAAAAGAAAGAAUAGUUUAUGUAGAACCAAAAAUCAAAAAAUUCCGCUGCAUGUACACAAGGUACGUGGACGAUUACAAGUUCCUUGUCAAUCAGCCAUCCCUCCAGCACCAAUGGGUCAUUUUUGGCGUCCGCGCCGCCGAAAACGCCCGUGUCUGCCUGACCUCUGUUUAUGGCGAUGCGAAGCAGAAAUGUUACGAAAUCAUCCUGGGAGGAGAGGGUAACACCAAGACUGAAAUCCGGGAAUCUGGGAAGACACAAAAGGAGGUGAUGACCAAAAGUAUUUUGUCCAAGGAUAUCUUCAAGACAUAUUGGAUUUCCUGGGAAAACGAUACUAUCCAGGUAGGAGAAGGUGAUACGGGCACUCAGGAGUCCAUCCUUGAGUGGAAGAUACCCGCAGAUAAACGCCAUACUGUGAAACACGUAGCACUAGCGUCUGGGGGUGACAGUAAGGCAGAAUGGAAGAUUCCAGAAUUUACAGAGGAAUCCGUUAGCCACGUGAAGCCACAAACACUUGCCCAGACAUCUCUUGUGACAUUCCAAACUCUGCAACUUGAAGAGGACAAAAUCCCGGCUCAAGAGGUUGCAGAACAUAUCUCUAUUCAAGAAAUUCACUUGACUCAAAGGGAGAAAGUUGAAAAACAGCUCAAUGAAGUUGCUAAAGUAGAACCAAAAAUCGAAUCCUACAGCGUGGUAACAACCCUCCCGGUCGAUGACUACCGCACCAUCCCAGGGUGCCAAAACGUAGAAUGGAUGGUCUUUGGUGUCCGGGCGAAGGACAACGCCAGGGUUUGCCUGACCUCCGUCCACGGUGACACGAAACAGAAGUCCUACGAAGUUGUCAUUGGUAGCCACAGUAACAGUAAAACUGAGAUCCAAGAGUCCGGAGAGACAGUUGUGGAGGCGCCCACUGAGGCUAUAUUGUCCCAAGACUUAAUGAAGCCAUUCUGGAUGAGUUGGGAUGAUGCCAAAAUUAAAGUCGGUGAAGGUGUUACAAAGGACGAACAGACUGUUUUGGAAUGGGAGAUUCCAGAGAGCAAGCUCCAGUCGGUAGAUGAAGUGUCCGUGUUUGUAGACAGUGAGGAAGGCGGGGAGUGGAUGGUACCCAUGUUUGCAGUUGAACAAGAGUUGGUCACCCCAGCUGUAACAACUAGUGAAGUAGAGGAGACCAGCGUGCAGCUGGCAGAGCAGACGAUUGAACAAAAAGAGCAGACGACAGUGACCGUAACUGAACCGCGUAUAGAAACAUUUGUCACCAUGCGAACUCAUAAAGCAGACGACUACCAGUUCAUUGAAGGGUACCCCACAGAGACACUUCAAUCAAUCGUAUUUGGCAUCCGUGCAGCGGGCAACGCCAGGGUGGCCCUGACGUCAAAGACGGGCGACGUCCAACACGGUGUAUAUGAAGUAGUUAUAGGUGGCGCUGACAACACCAAGUCAGAAAUAAGAGAAGGCGGAGAAACGCAGCAGACGGUGGAAACUGAGAACAUUCUCUCCAAAGACAUGUUUAAACCUUACUGGAUCAGUUGGGAUGAAGCAAAAAUUCAGAUGGGGCAAGGUCAAGAGGUCAAGAAGGACGUGGUGGUAGAGUGGGCUAUACCCGAGGACAAAAUACACCCAGUCAAUGCGGUUGCAGUUGCUGUGGAUGAUAAGGAUGGAGGGUCUUGGAGACUGCCUGAUUUUGCAGAACCAAAAGAAACGCCGGAAAAAGAGACCGAAGUAGUGACCUACGACGAGUCAGUGCGAUUUAAAGAGGCGCUGAAUUUCAUGAUAAACAAUAAAGAACCCAAGCCAGAAAAUGUGGAGACAUUUGUCACAAACCCGGACGAUGAUUACUAUUUCUUCGAGGAAACUACAGUUGUGGAAAAGAAGUGGGUAAUCUUCAAUGUAAAAUCAAAAGGGGAACUCCAUGUUGUCUUAUCGUCUGUAUCUGGUCUCGAUAAAAACAGAAAAUAUGAAAUUAUUCUGGGCUGCGACGCAAACAACAAGUCCAAAAUACUCGAAAAUGGAGAAGAGAAAGUGGAGACUGAUACGCAUGAUAUAAUAUCAGACACUGAAUAUCAUGUUUUCUGGAUAACUUGGACGGACCAAAAACUUCGUGUUGGUAGAGGGAAGUUUGAGGGAUUUGAUCUGCUGAUGGAGUUACCAAUACCAGAUGAAAAUUACGAAAUUAUCUCCGCGGCCGUGCUUAGUACUGAUACGGCUGAAUGGCAGGUGCUCAAAGUGACCGGUGAUGUGACCGACUCCACUGAAACCACUACUGUUGAGCAGACGACAGACGAACAGCGAUACCAUAUAACACCUGAAGGAUUAAAGGUUCCCAUAGAAACAAGCAGAAAAGUGUCGGAGUCAGGAGAAGAGGAAAAGCCAUACUUUGAAACUAUCAUCUCCGCCAAAUCCGAGCCAGAUGGCGAAUAUGAGACUUUCGAGGAAUGGACAGAGACAUUUGAGGAGUGGACAGAGUGGACGGUGUUCAGAGUCAAGACUGACCAAGAAGCCAAAGUGGCCCUGUCAGGGAGUUCAGAAACUGGGGGCAGUGAACUGAGGAAGGAUGCAUAUGAGAUCAUUCUUGGAGCUGACAACAACAAAAAGACUUACAUCAAGCAAAACGACCGUAUUGAAGCAGAAGUUUCCAGUAAGGGGAUCCUCAGCUCUGACAACUUCAGAACAUUUUGGUUGUCUUGGGAGGACGCGAAAGUGCAGAUCGGGAGAGGGUACAAGAAGGGCAAUGAUAAGAUCCUGGAAUGGGAGCCGCCGAAGGAAAGCUGGCAAAAGAUUACGAACUUGGGCGUCAGUUCGGGUGUGACAGGGGCAGAGUGGGAGUUCCUCAAGUAUAAAGGUUGGAGGCAGACCGCUGGAGAUGAGUACCUGUUUGAUCAAGAUUAUCCUAGUGAAUCAGAAAGUGAGGGUGGCCUAGACCUGAUAGAAAACUUCAUUACCGUCCUCACUCCUGCGGUUUACGAUUAUCAGUACCUACCAGAAGUACCGGUGACAGAUAAAACAUGGAUUACAUUCCGGCUGAGGGCAGGGUGCAACGGAAAUAUAGCCCUGUCUUCAAUAUAUGGGGAAACCGACAGCAAAACGUACGAAAUUCAGCUUGGGGGUAGGGACAACAACCGGUCGAUGAUUCGACAUGGCGGGCAUGGUGCUAUUUAUGCUGAAACUUAUACCAGAGGAGUGUUAAAUCCCCAGGAAUUUCGACCGUUUUGGAUCAGCUGGGAUGGAGGCAAAAUAAGAGUAGGCAGAGGAAACAAGAAGUACAAGCGAUCUUUCUUAGAAUGGACCAUACCGGAAGAAAAGAUGCAUUCUGUCAACUGCCUUGCGGUAGCGACAGGAGAGGGAUCCGAUGGGCAGUGGGAAUUUGUUGAAUAUAUAGAUCCCAAUAAAGAAGAAACGAAAGAAGACCGCAUGAAGCAGGCCCGAGUUAGCCUUUUGUGGAUGUCUAAAAAGCAAAGAAUGUUAAAUAUAUUGGAGGAUGCCUAUCCGAAUCCUUUGGAUACAAAGGACCUCUUGAGGUAAAAGCGAUUAUGUUUC